AUGUUCGACCCGGGCGAGCUUCAUUCCCUCUCGCGCUCCAUCCACUCCCUCACGCACUUCACCAUUCACGAUUGCCCCCUGGUCUGCUGCCGCGCUGUGGCAGCAAUGGUUCGAGCCAACCCCUCCCUCUCCACGCUCUCUCUCUCCGGCACCACCUACCGUCUCUUCAGUUCCGAACCCCUCUCCACCGUGCUUCGCCUGUCGUCCCGCAAGCUUCAGACGCUCUCGCUUGCGGGUCUGCCGUCGUUCCGCCCGGGAAUGCUUGCGGGGUGCAGCAGCCUUGAGUCGCUCACUCUCCAACGAGCAGAGGGGUCGCUGGAAGGGCUGCUCGCCAUGCUCGUCCGGGUCGUCGAGGCACGGGGAGGGGCGGAACGAGAGAAGGCACGUGCUGUCGCACGACUCUCCACCGCUGCUGCUGCCGUCGGCACCUCAGGGAUACUCUCUGCGCAGCUUAUUGGAGAAGAGGAAGAGGAGGAUGGGGAGCUUGGAGAAGACACUCUGCUGUUCAUUGGCUACGAGGAGUACAGUGCUGCGGCAACCCCGAAUGCGGUUCACAACGGUACGGUAGAGUCAGAGGCAGGUGCCGGUGAGGCCGUGACCGUGAUGUCUCGUGAGGAGCUGCUUGUGGUGCUGGAUAGGCUUUUGGGGCAGCUGCGCCUGCGCCUCUCGUUCAUGCAUGAGACCGCUGAUUCGCUGCUCCAGUGGGAGAAUAAUGUGGAUUGGACUGAAGGGCUGUCAGCAGCAGCGGUUGAGGCGCCAGCAGCAGCGGUGCCAGGGGUGCAAGAGGAGGGAGCGCAGAGGGAGGAAGGUCAAGGGAGGAGAAGAAACGGAGAGUCAUGUAGCAUCAGCGCAGCAGCUAAGGCGCAUCAAGGAUCUGAAAGGGCAACGCCAGUGGAAGUGAUCUGCCCUUGCCUGGCCUCCCUGGUCCUGAAAAACAUCCAGUUUUCUCCUGCUUUUGAGCCUGCUUGGUUGCCUGGGUAUCUUCCCUCUACCUCCCCCCUCCUGGUUACAGUUUCCCGUACACCUCCUUGCUCCACAUUCCGUCCCUCAACCUCCCUUCUCUCCCCUGGUUCCACCCCAAGUGCUUCUCCCAGUCAGCAGCGGUGGUCGUUUGAGAGCAUCGCCUUGGCAGCUGUGUUUGGCGGGCUGAGGCGGUUGGCAGUGGUGCACUGCGGUGGGGUGGGGGAGGAGCAGCUGACCGAUGCCCUGCUGCUCUCAUGCCCUCUCCCCUCUCUCACUCACGCCACGCUGGUCUCAUGCACACAGGUUACAGCUGCAGGUGUUGCUGGGCUGCUUGGGAGUUUCCCGGGGUUGAGGUACUUAAAGGUGGAGGAGGAGAAGGUUCCUGAGAGGGCUCGGAGGAAGUUGCUUCGUGCUGGUGUCGUUGUGAGGGGGUGCGAGUUUGACGUUGGCCCUGGGUGUGGCCCUCUGUGCAAGGCGCAUCGUUGUAGCAAGGUUCUAAGGUAG